CAACUGCGCUUCCGGAAGCCUCACGCACGACGGUUUCGACCACUCACCCCUCUUCCCAGCGCGGUAGAUCGCGCUCGAAGCUAUCAAAGAGAAAGCCACAGGCCCCAGAUACCAACUCUGACAAAACGAACCCACAGAAGAAGAAGAAACGUUCAAGUUCCGGCAACGGACUCUAUCGGCACGGAAAAGCCAAAGCGAAUGACUGCUCACGAGAGCAGAGCGUCACUAUCAUUUGCUUAUGCAAAAAAUGGAGAAGAAAAAAAUCAAUUACAUGAAGAAAAAGCUGGAGCUGGACGAAAAAACGUGGAAUGAGCAGCGAAACGCAAACAAAUCCCGGCAGGAACGUUCGUACUCAAGAACUAAGGAGCGCCGAGCUGCGCGUCGUCAUUAUAUGUUUAUGUCACUGGUGGCAGCACAGAAGACUCCGGAUGAAAUCAAGACGCUUAUGGACCUCUAUCAAACUGGACUGUAGCCGCCACCAUCGAACCCAUUUCGAAAGCAAGGUGCCUAUGACGCUCGUUAGCUUUCAGGUUUUUUAAGUGUUAGUGGUGCAUGCGUUCAUAAGUAUUGCUUACGGUUAAUUUUAAUUUUUACUAGCU